CGCGGCCCCAAGGCGGCGCGGGGAGCAGCCCGGGUCGGGCGCGGGAGGAGGACGGGGCCAGCGCAGGCCACGCCCGCUGCCCUCGGCGCCCGCUGCCCGCUCCUGCAGAAGGCGCGUUGCUGCAGACCUCCCGCGCCGCAGUGUGGAAGAAAAACGCUCUCACGCUGGACGCGAGCCGUUCGUGCAAACCAAGUUAAGGAACAGUGUUUGGCCCCAGAUGAGUCUCGGGGUGUGGCGGGCAGGCCGGACUUGGGGGUUGCCCCCUGCGGCCUGCGACUCUGCAGGGCGGGAGGAAGAGCUUCCUGGGAUCUAAUCUAGCACCUCCGUGCCCCAGCAGGCAUGUUCAGCUUUUCACCCCCCCAGGGCCAGGAGCCCCCGGAUAUGGUACAGGAGGUUCCCCUGGAAGUGUCAGCAUGCUCUUAUGGUGGGUGAAGCCUCGGGUUGGAAGGACAUUCAGGAUCCUUUGCUGAAGAACUUGGGGUCAGUCCCUGCAGGUCUGCUGGUGCUGUCCAGGUCCCAGGUGCACACACCUUCAGGAAGUCUCUGGAAGAUGGCGGCUCUAGGAGCUGUUGAGGAAGUUCUUCCUGUCCCAUCUCCCAUCAGUCUGUCAUCAUCAGGGACACCUGGAGCCCGGCACCACACAGCACAGCUUCACCUCCACAGUCAUCCACACGGCUCUCCCAGCUCCAACCCUGAGGUGCUCUCCCAGCCAUCAGAACUGGAUCUCCAAGACCUAGAGGAAGUGGAGAUCGGCAGAGACACCUGGCUUGACUCAGAGGCAGAGCCUGGGCAGGCUCCAUCAUCUCCCCACCAGCAUGUUUCUGAAGACAGGGUGGACCCAGAGGGAGGGGCACUGAGGGGCCUCCUGAGGAACUCUCCCCACAGGCCCAAGUGUGGGGAGAGCUUUGGGCAGGAGUCCAGCCUGGAGCGGCCAGCAGACCAGCCUCCAGGGCCCAUGCCCUGCACCCUGAGGAGGAGUGCCUGGUGCCUGGCACUCCUGUCGCAGGGAGCUUCAGAGACCGAGGGCAGCCCUGAACAGGCUCCAGAGCUGGGGUGCAGCUUGGGUCCCAGUCCACCACAGGCCAGUGCACGCGGCACCAAGCCGCACCGCUGCGAAGCCUGUGGCAAGAGCUUCAAGUACAACUCGCUGCUGCUGAAGCACCAGCGCAUCCACACAGGUGAGAAGCCCUAUGCCUGCCACGAGUGCGGCAAGCGCUUCCGUGGCUGGUCGGGCUUCAUCCAGCACCACCGCAUCCACACCGGGGAGAAGCCCUACGAGUGUGGCCAGUGCGGCCGCGCCUUCAGCCACAGCUCACACUUUACGCAGCACUUGCGCAUCCACAACGGCGAGAAGCCCUACAAGUGCCGCGAGUGUGGCCAGGCCUUCAGCCAGAGCUCCAACCUGGUGCGCCACCAGCGGCUGCACACGGGCGAGAGGCCCUACGCCUGCAGCCAGUGUGGCAAGGCCUUCAUCUGGAGCUCCGUGCUCAUUGAGCACCAGCGCAUCCACACGGGCGAGAAGCCCUACGAGUGCGCCGACUGCGGCAAGGCCUUCCGCGGCCGCUCGCACUUCUUCAGGCACCUACGGACCCACACCGGCGAGAAGCCUUUCGCGUGUGGUGCCUGCGGCAAGGCAUUCGGCCAGAGCUCGCAGCUCAUCCAGCACCAGAGGGUGCACUACCGCGAGUAGCCACAGCCUGGCCUGCAGUAAAUCCUGUGUGUGGAAACAGGAGCUGGCUUCUGCUGGGCGAGGUGGGCUGCUUCCCGACCUGAAGGCCACCAAGGGGGAGGGCCUGAGGCCAGGAGCCGGCCUGACCCUUCCAGAGCCUUGCCAUGGAGCCGUCAGACCUGCCCAGCACCGGAUGGGGACCAGUGGCAGCACCUGGAGCAGGCGGGGCGGACGGGGGGCUGCCUUCCAGGCUCCUGCGUUCCUCCAGCAGCCUGUGGCCUGGCCCAGGCUUCCUGUCGACCCUGGGCACAGGGUCUGCGGCAGCUGGGUCUCCUCAUGGCAGGUCUCCCCGCACAGCCCUCAGGCCUGUCCGUUGUCUCCUCCUUGCUCUUCCAUUUAGGGCUUGCAAGGUCAGCAGGCUUCCAUGAGAGGACCUCCCCGACCUGUGUUCUCCCUACCUGCCUCCCAUGCUGCUCCUGCUCUGACAAGGUGGGGACCUUGAGUUGUCGGGGCUGGACAGGUGUGCAGAGGGGUCAGGAUUUUGUCCUCUGAAGAUCUUCCCAGAGAGUCCUGUGGAGGGAAGGGCAGAGCCCGGUGCAGAGGGCAGGCUCCAAGCAGCCAGGGUUCCGGGCACCUUUCCUGCCCAGCUGUUCCCUCCAGAGCAGCUGAGGGACAGCAGACUCCUCCCAAGACUGCAGUGCCCAAGUGUGACCUCCCUGGCCCUCCCCACUGCUGGGCUUGCCCAGGGUUCCUGCUGGCAGGUCCCCGUGGUGGCUGGGAGGCACUACCCUGCUGCACUGGUGGUGUGCUUUGUGGCUGUCAUCAGCCCUUGGCCAGCCUGCUUCCCAGGGGACACGGAAGUUAUGAGGUGACGCAUGGCUUCCUGCAUGUCACAAGCAGUGACCCAUCUCAAGUCUCCUGAUGGGUCACACAGCCCUCUGCAGCCCCUUGAGGAAGGCACCUGUGGCCACCAAGUGCUGUUUGCCCCCACCCUGUGUCCCCAUGCCAACUGAGAGCCAAUCUAGAGGUGAGAGCUAGAGGUUAGGCUGUUGCCUGCCUCCCCCGCCCCUCAGGGAUACGUGGGCAGCGCGAGACUCUGCAGGCAGCCCAGCAGCCUCAUCACCAAGGACGGGCUCCAUUGGCAGUAAUGGAACCCAGCAGCAUCUAGGGAAGGUCCUAUGGUGCUCCAGGGGUCCCAGCCUCCUGGAAGUGGCCUUCAGGCACCUUGUGGGGCAGGGCCAGGUGCCCCAGAACUAGCUGUGGGUGCUAGUGGCUGGCAGGGCAGCUCUUCUGUGAUGGGUCUAAACCUUUGCUGAGGCAAAGUCACUGUUGUCCCUUGCUGGGCAGGACCACCAAGAUGAGCUGAAGUGGAAUUUGCAUCUCCCGUGGUACCCUUUUUCCUCCAAUCCCUGGCAGUCAGCAGAUUCCCAGAUGUUCCACCUGAUCUCCACCCAAUGUUUCCAGGAAAUUCAGUGGUAGGGGUCAGGCAUGGCUCCUCAGGACCGUUCUACUUACCCUUGCCCAUCCCCAUCAGCAUUCACUUGAUUAGGGCACUUAUCUCCUGUGCCCCAGAGGAACCUGGGCACCAUCUCCCCUCAGUUAUUCCUGCCUUGCAGGAGGUAUCUUGUCUGGGCCAGCCUGUGAAGGGCUCCUGCAGUGGCUGUUUCCAAACUCCAGAAGUGACCAUUUCUGUGAGCACAGCGUCUGCAUUUGGUCCCAGAGAAAGGGGCCCUAGAGGGACACUUGAGCCAUCAGGUCCUGGAGCUGCCAGAAAGGAUUUUGUGAGGCAGUUUCCAGGGAUUGCAGGCAAGGGGAGGGAGGGCUGUGAGCUGAUGAAUCCUAGAUGGAACCACUUGGUUUUAGAGUAUGAGGAUCUGCCCCAGGUGCCGUGAGACAAGAGGCAGAUAUAUCCAGGGUCACGCUGCGUUUUAUUGUGGAACUUACUGACAAAGGCAAAGUUGUGAUAAGAUCCAUUGCAUUCUCAAAGUUUGGAUCAGAAAGGGACAUAUAUAUGAAUCAGGACCAAAGUAACCUCAUCCUGGCUGAAUUGUACCUGGUUUAUCUUAAUAUGGAAGAGUUGGGUACAUCCCUGGAGUCGGGGUCUAACCUUGUGCAUUGUUUGCUAGUUGGUGAGUGCAAAACCACUAAGCACCACCAGGAGGAAGAGUAGAAAGGCAUAUUACUUGAAGUCAGGAGAACACGAGAUAAUUCUCAAAGCAGUGUGCCCCCCCCCAAAAAAAACAAAGCAAUGGGCUUUUAUUGGGGAAAUGGGCAUAUUCCCCUAGGAGGCUCAUCACUUGUAGAGGUGGGCACACUGCUGGGAAUGCUCAGUUUGAGGUCACAGCAUAGCCUUUAAAAAAAAAAAAAACCCCAGCUGGUGAUGCCUCUGGGCAGAGAAUUCAGUAUUACAAUGAGCAGAGUUCACUCCAGGUCACCUAGACUCCGUGGUCAGCAGCUUGCACUGGUUCCUUGUGAGUUGCUCUGGAGAGUUUGGUCUGGAACAAAACACCUCUGAUGGAGCAUUAAGUCACUUAAGGGGCGGCUUCUCCUUUCCUCCAGGAAGCCUAGGCGUUUGUCCCCAACUGUACCAGCCCAGUGCUAACAGUAUGAUUCUGUGGCUUGUCUAUCACAGUUUGCUGGGGAACUGUGCAGGAAAAACCAAUUAGGGUUACUCUGGGGCAAUUGUGGGGGUAGACUCAAGAUGGGUGUAGUCAAGCUGAAUCUACCCAGGCUGCACGUGGCUGUGGCAAAAAGGGUCAAUCCUGGGUUUGGAGACUGCUGUUGGACACAAGGGUUUGGUUUUUACAUAAACAUACCUGUAUGGUCAAUGGAUAAGAAAAUCAACUGUGGAACUUAAAGGACAGCUCUACUCUUAUCUGUGUAAAAUGAGGUUAAUUUCUCUGAA